CAACAGACGAGUGAUAAUUGCUACCACUAUUUGUCGUAUACGACCCCGUGAACCAACACAUUCCAUCAUAAUCUCAACAUCUCCAAUAUCAUUUUCAUCAGUUGCGCUCUUCAAACACCCGGAGCUGCAUUUGGUCUCAUCGGCUCAGCGUGAUUUUCAAAGCUACACCACGACCGUGAGUUGUCGAGAUCAUACAAAGCACUCAAACGUCACACAUCGAGUGCCCAGCCAUGGCCUCAACUCUCCCUCCAAACGGCCGCCUCGUCAAUAUCGGCACCCACUCUCUAGCUCUCUACGCCCACGGCCCAGAGCCCAGCAGCCCAGCCGAUCCCGUCGUACUCUUUGUGUCCGGCGUAGCCAGUGAUGCCCUUAAUUGGCAAGCCGUAGUCCGCCUCCUCGGUCCCUCCCAGCUGCGGAGCUACACGUACGACCGCUCCGGCAACCGCAACUCGGACCCCUCACCCAACCCGCCAACAGCUGAGAACAUCGCCCAAGAACUCGCCCUCCUCAUCGAAAGCGCGCCCAUUCCGAACCCGCUCAUUCUUGUCGGGCACUCAUGGGCUGGCGUAAUCACGCAUGAGUACUUCGCGCUCAAGGGCAUCAGCCAGGUGGCGGGUCUGGUCCUUGUAGACGCGAACCACGAGACGGCACCGCUCGUGCUAGAUGUCAACGACCUCAUUCUCUGGACAAAAAUCGCCGCAGGAGUCAAGACAUACGACGGCUGGGGUCUGGCGGCGUCGCAUAAGCUCACGGAGGAAGAGUGGGACGCUUUCAUCGCGGAGGAGGCCACCGAGAAGCACAAGCUGAUUGCGGGACGGGAGGACACCGAGGGAUACGCGCCGAGUUUUGAAACACUGAGGAGUAAGGGCUUGUCGAAGAAGCAGCCGCUUCUUGGGGAUAAGCCAGUGUAUGUGAUUGCUGGGACGCGAAGCAGGGACUGGAGCGGGCUGUACGCUGCGGGCGUCGCGAAGGGGAAUGGGACGGAGGAGGAGAGGAAACAUGUUAGAGACAUGAUUGAGGGCGUUGAUGCGAAGACUGAGGGGCUCAUGAGAGAUUUUUUAAAGCUGUCUAGGAAGAGUGAAAUUGUGUUUGCAAAAGAGAGCGGGCAUUUCGUGCAGAUGACACAACCGGAGAUCGUUGUCGAUGGAGUGAAAUGGGUGUUGGACAACCAAACGGCCUCUUCAUAGUUGUCAGUGCAUUGACUAGCUAUAGCCAAUAUCAAACUUAAUAGGAUGCAUCCUAUCCUUUGAUUCCUCG